AUGUCUUGGUUUGGCAACGCCACUGCUCCAGCAUUGAUCGUGCUAGCCUUGCCAAUGGUACGCAAAACCAAAGACGGGGGGGCGGCAGUUGAGGGCCAUCCGAGCGGUGGGCAUAUCACAGUCACGGUGCAACAGUCGCGCUAUGCACUUGACGCCGUAGAUGCACCCGCUUCCAAGGAGAUACUCGUCAAGGACCUAUCAAUUGCAGUAGCGAACAGGGAAUUGCUGUCACAUAGCACACUUCACCUAGUCGAAGCUCGGCAUUACGUUCUCGUAGGCCGCAAUGGGACCGGCAAGUCCACUUUGCUCAAGGCUAUAGCGAAUGGGCUGAUUCCCGGUAUUCCAUGGAGCACUCGUAUCCUACUCUUAGGUCAGACUAGAGACGAGCAUCUGGAGGAUGACAUGGGCAGGCUCAAGCUUGAGAGUGAAACGGUUUUGCAGCACGUGGUCCGCAGCGAUCGGACCAGAGAGUGCUAUUUGCGCGAAGAAAAAAUGCUUAGAGAAGCAUUUGCAGAUUCUGUUGAUUCCAUGGCGGCUGUUAGGGCCCACCGACGCAUUGGCCACGACCGGCUGGCACUGCAGUUGAAAGAAUGUCAUCGUAUCGCCGAGAGAAGGAGCGGCGCACGAGGGAAGCAGGCCAGGAAAGAGCUGGUCAAACUUGAAGAGCGCUUCGACGAGUCUGGCAAGCGAUUAGAAGACGGAGAAACCGAAAUUAAUCCCAUGGAGCUUAGUGAAGAGAUACAAGCCGCCUCAGACAUGCUUUCGGGCGUGCAAGCCUCUUUGGAACUCAUGGAUGCCGGUCAGGCAGAGAUGAAAGCCCGCAUGGUCUUGUUGGGUCUUGGUUUCAAGGAGGAGCGCAUCGACAACCCGGUAUCAGAGCUCUCCGGGGGUUGGAAAACACGUUGUGACCUUGCUUGUGCCCUUGCACAGUACUCCGAUGUGCUGCUGCUGGAUGAACCCACAAAUUUCCUUGAUUUGCCAUCAAUCAUAUGGCUGCAGAACUACAUCCGCGGCCUGAACGGCACAACCGUCCUGCUGACGACCCAUGACCGCAAUUUCGGUGAUGCCGUUGCAGAGGAACUGAUCGUGUUGCGUAACCAGACCCUGGAGACGUUUCGCGGCAACCUCAGUUUGUACGAGCGAGAGAGAUGGAAAAAGGCAAAGCAUAUGACAAAGAUGAAGGAGGCGUUAGAUAAGCAGAAGAAGCACGUGGAGAAGAGCAUUGCAGGCAAUAUCAAAGCGGCCAGGGACAAGGGGGAUGACAAGAAGCUGAAGCAGGCAGCAUCCAGGAAGAAGAAGCUGGAUGAGAGGAUGGGAGUGCAAGUCAGUUGGAAAGGCGGUCGGUUCAAACUGAAUCGCGACCUUGCAGGCUAUCACACGUCCCGUCGCGCAGAAGUGGAAGUCCCGAAUUUUGAUCCGCCGGUAGAUGUCUCCUUUCCCCACCAACCAUCAGAGCUACGGUUCCCUGGAGCGCUGGUGCAUCUGGACCAGGUGUGCUUUGCGUAUUCUAAAAACACAGACGGGCCGAUAUUGAGGGACGUCAGUUUGACGAUACAUCCACGUGCGCGGAUAGGGGUGGCAGGACUCAAUGGGAGUGGCAAGAGCACAUUGGUGUCUCUGAUUACGGGCGGUGACGAAAGUGGGGGUCUACGACCGACGUCUGGCACGAUUAUGCGACACGGGCGAGUGAGGAUUGGUCGGUAUUCGCAGCAGUCGGUUGAGGAGAUGACGGCCAUGGCGUCGGCAAACGCACAGCUAACGGCGCUCCGCCAUGUAAUGGACUCGGCUGGAGAUGGCAUGCUAGAACAGGAAGCGCGAGCACUCCUGGGCGGUCUAGGGCUUCAUGGACAGACGGUAUCGGACGUGCCGCUGGCGCAGCUAUCGGGAGGGCAAAAGGUUAGGGUGGCGCUUGCCGUUGUGCUGUGGCCGCCGCCGCACCUGCUCAUACUCGACGAAGUGACGACGCACUUGGAUGCCGAUACGACGCUGGGUCUCGUGAUGGGCUUGAGACAGUAUCGUGGUGCGCUAGUAGUAGUAACCCACGAUCGGUUUUUUAUGAGAACCAUGGUAGAAGGAGAAUCGCCAUACAAGCUAGCGCCAGGGGUCCGGGGCUCGAGCGACGAGGCUGACGAGUCUGCGUCUGAAAGCAGCGACUCGGAGGCAGUGUCGACAGGGGGGGUGCUAAGGUCGGGAACGGUUUUUCGGCUGGCUCAAGGCCAGCUCGUUGAGCUAUCGGGCGGUAUGGGGGAGUAUGAAGCGAUCGCCGCCAGGAGGGCUGCCAAGCUAGGCGCGGUACAGCUGCAGCGAUAA